UGGCAGAAACUUACCCUACCAUGUUAUGAGAUCCAUCUGCCGACCGUUUUGCGCAGUGGACAGGCGUUUAGAUGGAGAAAGAUAGAUGGAAUAUGGUCAUGUGCUUUGAACAACCAAAUUAUAUUAUUGCGUGAAAUGAGUGAAAAAUCGGAAUCGGGCCAUCAAGUGAUCGAAUAUAUGGGCAUUGGCGGAGCUAAUACCCCUGCAAUGGUUCCGCUAUCCACUUUUAUCCAUUCAUAUCUCAACCUUGGCGUUCUCAUGCAUGAUUUGUACAAACACUGGUCUCAAACACUAUCACAGACUGAGACGACGAAUUUACUUCCGAACGGUGUUAGAAUCUUAUCUCAAGACCCUUGGGAGACUUUAGUUUCUUUCAUAAUCUCUUCCAAUAACAACAUUAAGAGAAUUUCUCAGCUUUGCGAAAUAUUAUGUAUUCGAUAUGGGAAAUUUCUUGGAGAGCACAAUGGUGUGCCUUACUACACUUUUCCCAAACCGACAGAAUUUCUUAAAAUUGAAAGUACAACGUUCACUGAGAUACCGACAGAAAAAUUAGCCGAACUAGAAUCACAACUACGAGAGCUAGGGUUUGGGUACAGAGCCAAAUAUAUAACUAAGACAGUCAAAUCGAUGAUCGAAAAUCCACAUAAUUUCAAGAAGUUAUAUACAGGUAACACAUGGAUUUCAGAUGAAGAAUGUGUAGAAUUCUUACGACAGUUUGAUGGUGUUGGUCCAAAGGUUGCAGACUGCGUUGCCUUGAUGGGAUGCGGACGCCAUGAUCUUGUGCCAGUGGAUACCCAUGUCUGGAAUAUUCUCAAAAACUCAUACAAGAAAGAAUUUAACAUCUGGAUAUACCCAUUCGUGAAACAAUUUUUUAGGGAUUUCUGGGGACUCAAAUCCGGCUGGGCACAGGCUGUUGUGUUUGCCGCGGAGGUCAAGUUGGAUAACGGAAUAAAUCAUGUAGAUGAUGUGGGAAAACUUAUCGGCAAAGUGGGU